UCUACCUCUUCAUCGCUGCAGCCUCUCGGUACUUUAUUGCGCGCUGAUUGAAUCCAGCUCGGUUUGCGCAACUUUUAAGGAGCCUCCUGAGGUAAAACAACGCUUAAACUUCCAGUCCAGUCUGUUUGACGCACCGGGCUCCUUGGGUAUCACCUCUCAGCCGGGCUAGAACACUUUGUCCUUUGUGGGUGUGGAAAAUGACGGCAAAGCAUCGAAGAGGGAAAGGCAACCACAAAAAUGAGGAUGGCUUCUUCAAAAACGACCUGGUGGAGUCAGAAGUUCGCGCUGGAGUCAAUAAUCAGGCUCUCCACUUGGUUUUAUUCCUGCUGAUUGUGGUUAGCGGUGCCACUGGCGCGUGGUUCUGUUUCCAGCAGCACCAAACUUUAACCCACUUAACAGACAAUAUCAUGGGCAUGCAGAUGAAAAUAGUGAAACUACAGUCCUCCCACGAAGAAAUGCGACAGUCAAGCAGUGAGCAGCACGUUUCAGAGAGCCUGGAGACCCGCCUGAAUGCCCUGGAGGAUUCUUAUGCACUGGCCCAGAAACAGGUGGGCAUGGCCUUGGCCACGGCUGAGCAGCUCAAGAACUCUGAGCUCCCCUCUCAGGUGCUGUCGCUCCACACGGAGAUGAGAGCCCGCCUGGCAGCGAUGCAGCAGGCCACCGUGUCCAUGGAGCAGCUGAGCCAGCUGCAGACCAUGCUGCAGGGGAAGAGCGAGGAGUUCGAGGGGGUCAGGAUCCAGGUGGACGGCCUGGCCACGCUGAGCGCCGAGCUGUCCCAGAAGGUCGGGGUCUUGACGGGGAGCGUGGGGGAAGCGGAGUCGAAGCUGGAGGAGAGAGUGGGACACGUCACCACGCUGAGCGCCACUUUGGACGGACAUGCCGCCGAGGUGCUCCGACUGAAGGAGCAGCUGGACACCUACCAAGCUCAGCUCGAGGCCAGCACGCUGGAGAUGGCUACCGUCAGAGGGUUGAUUGAGAUUGAACAGUCCCAGCGGCUCCAGCAGGCCAGUGUGGAGGAGCAGCUCGAUACGCCGGUGGGACAGACGGAGGAAGAGACAGCUCCCGCGGCUGAAGAAGAGGAAGCUGCAGCAACUGAAGAGGCACUUCCUGCUGAUGUAGAACAAGAGGCGUCCAACCCAGAAGAAGAGGCAGAGGCAGAUGAAGGAGAAGAAGCAGCUGCACAGGAUGAAGCACCUGUCGAGCAGGAGGACUCUGUGACAGAUGAAACUGCUCCUGCAGAGGAGGUUGAGGCAGUAAAGGAGGAUCAGACCGAGCAAGACGAGCCAGUCGCCCUAUCAGAGGAGACAGCAGAGGGGGUGCGGAGUGAAGAAGAGCCUGAAGAGGAGAACCAGGAAGCAGACGAAGAGGAGACACACAAAGCAGAGGAGGAGCAGGAGGAGGAAGCAGAAGAGGAGAUGUUGUCUGAAGCAGAGAAGGGACUGGGAGGGGAGGAAGUGUCAGAAGGGGAAGAAGUGUCAGAAGGGGAAGAAGUGUCAGAAGGGGAAGAAGUGUCAGAAGGGGAGGAAGUGUCAGAAGGGGAGGAAGUGUCAGAAGGGGAGGAAGAACAGCAGGAUGUAGCAGCUGAAGAGGAAGCAGAGGAGACGGAUGAAGAAGAGGAGCCAUUAGAAAAUGAUGCUUUACCAGAGGAUGAAUGCAAGUAA